CAGCAGCAAGUGCGGUGCAGUCGACCUGAGAGGAGCGGACGCUGCUCCGCCGCCGUCUCGAGGAAACGCCGCACAAAUGAGGGGACCGUCGCGGAUAACUACCACACAUCCCUCCGCUUGACUAGCUAGUUUGCUGCAUACCAAACGGACACGUCCACCCCUCUUUUUUAUUUCCCCUUCUCGCCGGGAUCACGACGCCGCUGUGUGUCUUUCAAUCGGAGGAUCUUGCCUGUUUUUUUUUUUUUUUUACAUUUUAAAAUUUAAUUAAAUUUUUUUUUUUUUUUUACAUUUCUUCCCACCACCCACCCCAAAAAAAACCUUUCUACCGGGAGGCUGAAUGGAAGCCGAGGGAGCGGUCGGGCUGUCGGAGGCCGGGGACGGGAGCCCGCUAUCCGGGGCCGCAGCAUCCGAUGAUGAUGGGGACACGGUCGUCGGAGUUAGCUACGGGAUGGACGCCGCAGACAUGGAUGCUGCUGCAAGGAAAGCCUUCAUCACAGAGAUGCCCUCAUCCUCAGGCCAGCCCGGCCAGGGAAAGAAGAUGGGCCACAGAGGGGUGGAUGCAUCGGGGGAAACCACUUACAAGAAGACCACAUCCUCAGCCUUGAAAGGUGCCAUCCAGCUGGGCAUCGGUUACACGGUGGGCAACCUGAGCUCCAAGCCGGAGAGAGAUGUGUUGAUGCAGGACUUCUAUGUGGUGGAGAGCAUCUUUUUCCCCAGUGAAGGCAGCAACCUCACACCAGCUCACCAUUUCCCGGACUUCCGCUUUAAAACCUACGCUCCCGUGGCCUUCCGCUACUUCAGAGAACUGUUUGGCAUCAGGCCGGACGACUACCUGUACUCCCUCUGCAACGAGCCUCUGAUCGAGCUGUCCAAUCCCGGAGCGAGUGGCUCCGUCUUCUACCUCACGAGGGACGAUGAGUUCAUCAUCAAGACCGUGAUGCACAAGGAGGCCGAAUUCUUACAGAAGCUGCUGCCCGGAUACUACAUGAACCUGAACCAGAACCCUCGCACUCUGCUGCCCAAGUUUUUCGGCCUCUACUGCGUCCAGUCGGGCGGGAAGAACAUCCGCGUGGUGGUGAUGAACAACGUCCUCCCCCGCGUGGUGCGCAUGCACCUCAAAUACGACCUGAAGGGCUCCACCUACAAGAGGCGAGCGUCCAAGAAGGAGAGGGAGAAGGCCAGGCCCACGUUCAAGGACCUGGACUUCAUGCAAAACCUGCAGGAAGGACUGAUGCUGGACCAGGACACGUACAGCGCGCUGGUCAAGACCCUGCAGAGGGACUGCCUGGUGCUGGAGAGCUUCAAGAUCAUGGACUACAGUCUGCUGCUCGGGGUUCACAACAUGGACCAGGCCGAGCGGGAGAGGCAGCUGGAGGGCUCCCAGGGCGACAGCGACGAGAAGAGGCCCGUGGCCCAGCAGAAGGCCCUGUACUCCACCGCCAUGGAGUCCAUCCAGGGGGGGGCCGCCUGCGGGGGGUCCAUCGACACCGACGACACGAUGGGCGGCAUCCCCGCGGUGAACGGGAAAGGGGAGCGACUUCUUCUCUACGUCGGCCUCAUCGACAUCCUGCAGUCCUACAGGCUAAUCAAGAAACUGGAGCACACGUGGAAAGCUCUGGUUCAUGACGGGGACACCGUGUCGGUCCACCGGCCGGGCUUCUACGCCGACAGGUUCUUCAAGUUCAUGAGCAGCAUGGUUUUCAAGAAGAGCUCCUCUCUGAAGUCGUCUCCAUCCAAGAAGGGCCGCGUGUCGUUGUCGGUGCCGAAGUCCGCCGGCCCCGGCGCAGCCUGGUCAGCCAGCCAGCUGCCGUCCGAGAGAGACGAGAACAUCUACGACCUGAGGGGAGCUCGCAGCUUCCCCACGCUGGAGGACGAGGGGCGACCAGAUCUCCUCCCCUGCACUCCUCCAUCGUUUGAAGAGGCCACCACGGCGUCGAUUGCCACCACCCUCUCUUCCACCACCUCUCUCUCCAUCCCCGAGAGAUCCCCCUCCGACACCGCUGAGCACCCCCGCUACAGGAGGCACACCCAGUCUCUCACCCACGACGGAAGGACUCAGGAGGAGCUGCGUGUGCGUGAGGAGGACCAGCAGACCAUCAGGGUGGAGGUGGAGCUGAAGAGACACGACAGUGAGCCCUCCAUCUCCGUUCCACAGCCUUCACCCGAAAACAGUGAAGUUCAGGAAGGAGCCGGCUCUUCGUCCGCACCUGAAGCAGCAGCAGCGGCGGCCUCCUCCUCAUCCUCGCCUGCCCCUCCCCCCCCCCCCUCCUCCUCUUCCUCCUCCGGGGCAGCCAAUGAAGCCCCGUCCAGUCCCAAGGUGGUGGUGGUGGUGGAGGCGGACGGGGCCAGCCGGGUGUCCGGCUCCGGCUGCACCAGCCAGGCUUCAGUCGACGAUGAAGACGACGUGCCAAUCACCGAUAUCUACUUUUAAACCCUGAUCUCUGGCUGAGAGGCGUGAACGUCUCAGGGGAGAAGAAGAAGACGACGACUCAUCGGUCUGACGUCCAGACCUCAGCGACAGGACCUCCUGACUGAAGGAUUUGAAACAUACAGAAACUGAACACUGAUAUAUGGGGGGGGGGGGGGGGGCAUGUGUUACCAGAGAUGGAGAAAAAAAAAGAAGAAAAUAAAUCCUGACAGUGAUGACCGUCACUGAUUUCCAAAAACCAUCCCUGCCUUUCACCCCUCGACAAAAAUGAAAAUUAUAUCGAUUUAAUAAUAAUGUGCGUGUGUGACAUACAGUAGUGCGUAUACGGCUGUAGUCUUUAUGUGUUCGACAUACGUGGAAAGACUGUUUAUAAAACAUACCGCGCCUUUGAAAAGUACUCCGUUUUAUUAAAUCCCUCUUUUGAUUCAAUGUUACGAGACGAUAAAAUGGGGGAGAAAACUUUUCAUAGGCACUGUUCAGCAUGUUUCCGGUUCACGCGGGCAGCGCGCUCUAAAAGGCUCUUAACGAACGGGCUCUAAUGGGCUCUAACAAGGUCUACAGACUCUUACAGGCUCUAAUGGGCUCUAACAAGGUCUACAGACUCUUACAGGCUCUAAUGGGCUCUAACGGGCACUAAUAGGCUCUAACAAGGUCUACAGACUGUUACAGGCUCUACAGACUAACGGGCUCUAACAAGGUCUACAGACUCUUACAGGCUCUAACGGGCUCUAAUGGGCUCUAACAAGGUCUACAGACUCUUACAGGCUCUAAUGGGCUCUAACGGGCACUAAUAGGCUCUAACAAGGUCUACAGGCUCUAACGGGCUCUAAUAGGCUCUACAGACUAACGGGCUCUAACAAGGUCUACAGACUCUUACAGGCUCUACAGACUCUCACAAGCUCUAACAGGCUGUAACUGGCUCUAGCAGACUCUAAUAGAGCCCUUUAGAGUCUGUAGAGCCUAACAGACUCUUAACGGGCUCUACAGACUCUAACAGGUUCUACAGACUCUAACGGGCUCUAUAGUCCAGCCCACUGGAGUUUGCAGGUCCUGAACUCGUUUCAAGUCAGAAGAGACUUCAUCUAAGAGUGAAAUGAACUUAUUGCCGUGAGUGUUUUAGAGUCUUUUGGCGAUCAGACCAGGCCGGUAGAUUAAUGGUGAAGGUGUGAAGAUGAAGAUGAGGAGCGGAGGAGGCUGUGGAUGCUGAAAGGAACCCGGGAUGUGAUGAGAACUGGAGUUAUCUUUGGGUCGAUGUCCCAAAUAUGUCUUCUGAGAGCAUCCAGGUGUCGAUUUCAGUGUGCCGAGUGUUGGAGGGCUCUGCUCGCGCUCAUAGAACUAGAGUCGCAACAAUAACCAUCGAUCGGCCGGUCAAAACGGAACGUUUCCAGUAGUGAAAUAUAUGCAGUUUAGUUUCUAGAGGAAAGAAUUAAAACGCCUCAUUUCCUUCAGUCAGUAUCUACAGUUGUAUUCAUAGUGUAAUCAUUUAUUAUUUAUAGAAAACUUUCUUCUUUUGCACGUUUUUUGUAAUUUUUCUGAGCUUAUAUUUUACUACCGCAAGCUUUUAUUUAUUCGUCCGUUUGUAUUUUAUUCAACAUUUUUUCACUGUUUUCUGGUACUUUUUCACUCUGAAAUGCUUCAAUGUUUU